AUGGGUUAAUUAUCGUGUGCAUAAUUUUAACAGGAAGAGUCUGUCAAUAGAAUGAGUUUGUAUUUUAACAAAUAAGAAAAUCAAAAGUAAAAUGAUAGAGCAAAUUCUUUUUCUUAACUCCACUCUAUUGGCAAAUAUUUAAAUGUUGGUUAAAAUCCUAAAUUAGAUCUAAUUUGGGAGUAAAAAUUAGAUUCCUUUAAAGUUUAUGAUGAACCAAUUAAAACUUUAUCAAAUUAUAGAAAUUCACUUUCUAAACCUUAAAAUAUAGAAUAAUUUUUUAAAGAUUGUCCUUUAUUGACUUAAGAUUAUGAAUAUUACAUGUUUAGAUUUUUCAUAUAGGAAAAAUAAGAAUUUAAAUAAUAUGGAUUGAUGGGAAUACCUUAAUAGUAUAGAUGGGGAUAUUGGAAAGUUAUAACAUUUAAAAAAGGCAUUUUUCGUAAAAGGUUCGAUUCAUAAACAAAUGAAGCUACAUAUUGUAUAUAAAAAGACAUAAACAGAACUUUAAUAAGUGAUUUAUUCAAAGAAGAAGCUGUUGUUUAAAAAUUAGAUUAUGUUCUUUCUAAUUUAGCUUAAUCAUAUCCUUAAGUUGGAUAUUGUCAAGGAAUGAAUUAUAUUGCAGGUUUAAUUAUUAUUAUUACAUUUUAUAGCUUUAUUUUUAUUAGUUUCUGGAGCCAGAGAAUAAGAGACUGUUUGUGUUUUUGCUGAAUUACUUGAUUCUCCUUUUUAUAUGUUUAAUUUACUUUUUAAAGAAGAUCUACCUUUAUUAUUUAUAAUGGAAGAAAUCAUAAUGAAUUUGAUGUAAAUUAAAUUACCAAAAGUCUAUGAACAUUUUAAUAAUUGUAAUAUUUAACCUUCAAUUUGGAUUAGUAAGAUUUUACUUAGUGGAUUUGUAUAUCUAUUUGAUUAUUUAGAUUGCGUUUUAUUUUGGGAUUAUAUUUUUAUUAAAGGAACUGUAUUAGGUUAUACAAAUUUAAUUAUAGCUAUGAUUACUAUUCAUUAAGAAGCUUUAUUAACUAAAGAUGAAGCUGCUUUAUUUGCAUUCUUUAGUUUUCAAGAAUAAAAUAUAAGAUGGGGAGAUUAAAUCAUUAAAUAAGCAAUUAGCAAACCUAUAGAAGAUAAAGAUAUUAGAUAAAUUAUGAAAAAAACAGAUAAAAAAUUAGAUUUAGUUAAACUUUUUAAAUUUUAUGGGAAAAAAGAAUUUGAUAAACUUUAUGGAGAAUUGUCAAAUGGAAUUAAUAAAUGA